AAUUAAUUUAUGAAUUCAUGUUAUCGCAAUCGAAUCAAUUAGGUUUUAUUUAAUUAUUUCACGAUUUGUUGCUUGAAUUUCACUCACAUAUCGUUGUCUAUCUACCUAAUGAAUAUUAGUAGCUUCACUAUGAAUUUUUCGCUUAGGUCAGUUUGAUGUUAUUGUUUCAGCUAAUUUGACACUUUCUUUAUAUUAAAAGUUGUAAAUAAAAAUUUAAGUGAAAAGUCUUUUUUGUUGAAUUGGUAUAUGAAGUUUGUAGGCGUGUGAAAAUAGAAAUACCCACUUGUGAAAAGGGGGGGAAUUUUGUUGUGCCAUUAAUAUUUCUCGGGGAAGAACGAACGCGAAUUUUACUAGUAGAUUGUUGGAUUUUUUUAGAAAGAAAUUGUAAGUGUAAUGGGGAAUCUUGGAUCACCUAGGAGUCCUCAUCCUCAUCCGGCUAAUGUUGAUUUUUUGUUUGGGAUGAGAGAGUGUCCAGCGAGGUGUUCCGAGGGUCCGGCCAAUAAUGAUCAUUUUUCAGGUAGAAGGGUGGUAGGAUCAGAUUAUCAUUGGUGCAAGAAUUUUCUCUUUGGUGGUAUAUAUGGUAAUAAUAGUAUGGCAGCAAAGCAAUCAAUUUGUAAAGGAGUAUAUGGCGGGAAAAGGCAUAAUUGGUUUCACAGGCAAUUAAGGUUGUUUGGUUUUGCUAUUGGGCUGAUGGGUUUGUUCUUUUGGUUGGAUUCCCUUAUGUUUGUGGACUUCAAUUCUGCGAAUUUCCGUAAAAGUUCUGUCUUAGAAAUGAACACGUCAAAGCUUGCUGCACUGGACUUCAUUGCAUGUGCAACAGCUGAUGUUUUUGCCAUGACCGACUCGGGAAGCCAACUAUCUUCAUUGGUAUCUGGGUUUCGCACUUAUUUUGGAGGCGGUCAUGCUCCUACCUUGCGACCAAACAAGAAGAGGCUAUCAGCAAUAUUGUUGGAAAAUGACACCAUAGCAUGGAACAGUUUUCAGUAUAGGGUAACAAAAAUGAUUGAAGAAGGUCAAAGGGUUCAUGUGAGACGAUUUGGACAAAGCAUAUAUCGGCAACCUAGGAGCCCCGAAUGCAUGUGCAAAGCUCGCUAGACUUUCACCUGAUUUUUGCUGUAAAUAUAUCAGCCAUUCAACCUGAUGAAAAAGCCAAGAUAAGCAAAAUCUCUCUUUCACACUUUCCUUUUGUUUUCGGGUGGUCAGAGACUCAGAGCCCCAGAAGGGGGCAGUUUUGAUUUUUAUUUCCCCCCAACAUUUUAUACUAGAUCAUUGAUGUAAAUACACUUAAUUUUUUUGGGCAAAUGAAUAUAAAGUUCAAGGUAAGCCUCCUUAUUCUCGUCUA